AAACCACGGGCCUUUUUUGGCGGUACCUUGCCAACGGGGGAUUUUUAUUAAUAUCGGGGGUGUGUACACGUUUGAAGUUUGAAGUUUCGUUAUUUGAUGGAAGAACGGACUUCAUGUUGUGGCAAUGCACUAUUCAAGACUAUUUGGUCCAGCAAGGUCUUGAAUUAGCAUUGCAAGAUGAGAAGCCAAGUGAUAUGAAAGAACAAGAGUGGAGUACAAUCCAGAAGAAGGCUGUCAGCACAAUUCGGUUAGCACUGUCCCCACAGAUUAAAGUGACUGUGCUGAAAGAGACAUCACCAAAGAAGCUGUGGGAAACGUUGGAGAGCAAGUUUGCGUCAAAGACACUUACUAACCGGUUGAUGAUGAGGAUGAACUUGUACUCACUGAAGAUGGAAGAGGGAGGUAACUCAAUGAUAGCAGGAAGGACUACACUGCGACUAGAUGAGGUGACGAAUGCCUUGAAGGAGAGUCAAAGGAUGAUGGGAGGUGAAGAGUCUUCCGGGAACAGUCAUUUACUAGCUGCUGUGAGUGUUGAGAAAUGGAGGAAGAAGAAGAGUGACCAACUUGGGAGAAGAUCUCAGCUGGGAGACAUGAGCACUGUUAGGUGCUAUUACUGUGAAAAGUUGGGUCACACAAAGAACGGUUGUCCAGAACUCAAGGAGGAUUUGCAGAUCCUAAAGGAGAAGAAGGGCAAAUCAAAGGAAGCUUCUUCUGCAAAUGUGAUCACUUAUGAAGAUGAUCUCUUCUGAAGAUAAGAGUACUGCUGGACAGAAGAUUUUGCAGGAUGGGAGUAUCACUGCAGAAAUCGCAAAUGAUGUAGGACUUUGAAUUAAGGGGAGAUUUGUUGAGUGUUACUUCAAAGUCCCACAUCGGUGGAAUAGGAAAUUUGAGAAGAGAUUAGAGUCUAUAAAUAGAGAGGGUGUAU